AUGAAUUUCUCAAUGCGGAAUAUUUCUUGGAUUUUGGCCAGCUUGCUGGUAGGAAUAUCCAUGCGUGUGACUGCCGUCCCUCAAUCACAUACCGCAAAUGAUGGCACAGUAUAUAUAAUAGAACAGGAACAAGCCUACAAUUGGAUACAGGCCCAUACCGAAUGUGUUCGUCAAGAAUUGCAGUUUGCCGUUAUAGAUAGCUCUGAAAAAAACAAAGCUUUUAAGGCAUUACUACUACAAAUAUUCGAUAUAACACCACAACUAUGGAUUGGACAUCAUGAUAACCUUAAUAAAGCAGAAACACUAAAUCGUAAAUUUUACUCACUAGUCGAUGGAUCGGAAAUAAAAUUUUCCAAUUGGCAUAAGGGUGAACCGAAUCAUCAACUCAAUAAAGAACAUUGUGUCCACAUUGGUCGAUGGAAGGAUGACGAGUGGAAUGAUGGUUUUUGUGAUAACAAAAUUGGUUAUGUUUGCGAGAAACCCCAAAAGUUCUCAAAUGUUAGUUGUGAUUUCACAGAAACUCGCAUGGGUAUCUAUGAAUUAAAUCAAGAACUUUCAAAUGAUCAUGAAAAUCAUGAGAAUGAAGUACAAGGAAUGCUUAACGCUAAUCGUAUACGAACUCAAAGUGUUUUGCACGAAUGGCAGCAGUCUUCGCUGCAAACUUUGGAGAAAUCACAAAAAUCCAUUAAUGAUAUUUUCGCAAAGAAGCCAUAUCUGAACGCUGUUAUUGCCGAUGUCGGCCCACCAAUUAAGCAGAUAAUUCGUGAAGCUUAUAAUGAAAUAGCGCAGUUUUCCCACGAGGCUCAGCAGACAAUUGAUGGCAAUGGUGUGGAUACACAAACAUCCAUUAUGGAUAAUUCUAAAGAAUUCCGCCAAAAGUUAGAUGAAAAUACAAAAACUGUGGAUGGCUUACUUGCCCAGCAUGCAUUGUAG